UUUUUUCAAAACAGGAACAUUAGAUGAAUCAAGAACCGUUAGUAAUAACCUCAAUGAAUUGCAAUCACAUUCUGAAAAUUCAGCAGAAUCACCAACACUUACCUUGCAUUUCCUCAAUAUGUGCCUGCUAUUGUGCAUUUCAUCACCAUCAUUGUGGGGUCCGCACUGACCCCAGGUGUCUGCUGCUCCUUCAUGAAUGCCCCACAGUUACACACAGUCAGAACAAAAUCAGGAACCCCGAAUGGCUCAAUCGGUUAGCACAAAUUUCAAAGUGAGCCCUUCUUGGACGGCCAGCGCGGACAUGGCCAAGACCCUGUCCGUGCGAGCGAGCGGGUCGUGGACGCCGCAGGACCUCGACAGCAUCCCACUGGAGGAAUUCGUUUUCCUGGAAACCAGUGUUUUCCUGAGAGGCACCGACGAAAGUUCAAGCUGUGAUGUAUCCAUUGCUCCUCCCUUGGAGAAAGUGCUUCGAGGGAUCGCCAUUGUCUCCGAGGCAUCGCGAGUCGAGGUGUUCGGGAACCACGAGGAAUACGAGGGCACCUGGAGCGGGCGACUGGUGGAGGACGUCGAGGACACCAUGGUGUUCCGAGUGGACGUCUUCCCCCGGGGAGGACUCAGGGAGGCCAAGCUCAAGCUGCACGGCAAGAAGCGAAAGGAGCGGAGCCUCUGGGUGUACGGGAUCCUGCUCCUCGUGCUCGACGCGGCCCCGGUCGCGGCGGACCGCGCGAGGAAGGCGACGGUGGGGUGCCCCGACGCGGUGGAGUCGCUCCUGCGGACGCUGAGGGUGUCGGACCCCCCGCGAGGGGGGGACGCGGUCGCGGCGUUGUCGGCGUACGUGGACGCGAGGCUGGGGGAGACGGAGCGACGGCUCGAGGCGCUCGUGGACCGCAGGUUCGCGGAGCUGGAGAGGUCCGUCAGGGGGAUGCUCGAGGAGGUGGAGGGGAGGCUGGGGCGGGGGAGGGCGGUGGGAGUGUUGGACGGGUCCGGACCCUCGCUUUCCCACGGGGAGGACGAGUGA